AUGGAGCUUCAACUAGGUCUCGCUCUCCCAACCAAUCCCUCCUUCCAUAAGAAACGUAGUUUUUCCCAACUCUUUGACGACCAUGCACAAGUCACUACGAACAGUACUGACGUUAUGCUUCCUACUCUGUCACUCCUUCCUGGCCACCCAAACCACGAUGAUGAUCCUCAUGAAGAACGCAGCCAUUGCUCUACUAUCACCACCAAGAACGAUGAGGAUGAUGUAGAAGCUCUAGUGGGUUGGCCACCCGUAAGUUCUUGGAGGAAGAAACUUCGUUUCAAUAACUAUGAUGGGGACGAGGUUGCAGGGAAUGAUCACGUGGUCUUGAAUAUUGAUCAUAAUCAUGGUGGACAUGGUUCAGUUGGCCUGAGAGGAUCGAAAUCACUGUACGUGAAGGUGAAGAUGGAAGGUGUAGGAAUCGCUCGAAAGGUUGACCUCAUCAUGCAUCAUUCGUUUCAGACGCUCAAGGAAACCUUGAUGGACAUGUUUGGAAAAUGUGGUCAUCAACAGUCAAACAGCUAUGAACUGGCUUAUCAGGACGAAGAAGGUGAUUGGCUUCUUGCUGAAGAUGUGCCAUGGAGAAGUUUCAUUAAGUGUGCACAACGGCUCAAAUUGCUGAAGAGCAGAGGAUAA